UAGGCUCAUUCUACAGUUCGUUGAAAUUUUCUCACGAUCACUUUAUCUCUCUCUCUCUCUCUCUGAAUCCCUCAUCUUCUCGACUUCCCCCAUUUUUCUCACCGAUUCAAACCCUAGUUCCCAACUUAAGGCACGACAAAGCUUCGAUUCCAAGCUCUACCGGCGUUUAUGGUUCAAUGUUCUAAGUAAGUUGUCACACACCUUUUUCGUUUUUUCUCAAAACCCUAAUUUUUUAUCAUCCAAAAAGCAAAAGCCUUUAGUUUUACUUUCCGAAGGUAAGGCCUUUGGGUUCGUAUCUAUCUUCUUCUGUCUGAUUAAAUAAAUUGGUGAUAUUUAUGGAAUUUUGGGGUGGAAAACGUUUAGCAAUUUUGAUCUUCUCGCUAUAUCUGGCAGAUUUUGCGGUUUUGGUAAGGAAUUUUGGGUUUUAAAGAUUUUAUUGAUACAAAACUUCGUAGUGGUUACUGGUUAGUACCACACAAACGAAAAGCAUUAUUGAUGGUGUUUGUUAAAAUCAUAACAAGUAACUAAUGAUACAAGGAUUAUGUGAAAAGAUAGUUUUAACUUAAUGGAGGUGUGAUACUCGAUUACUGUAUAAAUGCUGAAGCUACAUAAACACCUGGGACCUCAAGUAACUGGAUUUGGAAUUGGAGGUGGUUGAGUUUUCUUUUAAUUGUGCGUACUUCUUGAAGGUAAAUCUACAAGACAUCUUGUUUUAGCCUCUAAACUUGGGGCAUAAUCAUUAAUGCCUGGCAACGGAGUUGGGGAUAGGGUUCACAAUUUCUUUGCACAAGACAACCUGUCCCAGGUUCCGCGUUCGCGAGUUGGUGAUGGAAAUUGGUCUUUAAAUGACAAUCUGUGGGUUGGUAGUCAGAAACAGUUUGGUGGGUCAGAUUCCAAUCCAAGAAACUACAAUCCACAACAAUCAGAAACUGAGAGAGGACACGACAGUCAACGUGUUCCUGACCCACAUAUUUUCAACAUUGCACAAACAUCUUCAAGGCCUGAGUUCGCUAGAAGCCUGUCUCACCGCGAACAGGCAAACUCGAAUGGCUACAUGUAUGGACGUCAAAAUUUUCAAACAAGGCCGGACGAAGCAAACUUUUUGGGUGUAGAUACAGAAUAUGGUCGCAAUAAUGCGAGUCAGAGGGGCUUUUCAUUCUGUGAGUCGCAACAAGAAGCUGGUUCCGAGCAAACUCCAAAGGAUCCUUUUAGAUCAGAGACUUCUGAGGCUCAUGGUAGUUUUGACCUUUUUGGAGGUCAGCAUCAGAUGAAUAGUCAGUAUCCAGGUUCGAUGCAACCAUUACAACAGCAGCAGUCCGGAUUUGGUGACAUACAGCAGUUGCAACAGCAACUCAUGCUUAGGAAGAUGCAAGAGCUCCAGAGGCAGGAGCUCCAGAGACAGGAUCUCCAUAGGCAGGAUCUUCAAAGGCAAGAGCUUCAAAGACAAGAGCUUCAAAGGCAAGAGGAUCUUCGACAACUAGAGGCAAGGCAACAGAACUCAUUAAAUCAAGCUUCUUCCUUUGCUAGACAGGCAUCCGGAAGCCAUCCACAUGGACUUGUUAAUGGCACUCCAACUUCUGAUUCUUCCGGUUAUGCUUGGAAUGAGCUUGCAGCAGGUAACACAAACUGGUUGCAGCGCGCUUCUCCAGCGAUGCAGGGAUCCUCUAGUGGACUUGCCUUUUCCCCUGAGCAGGGUCAGCCGCAACGGUCCAUGGGUUUUGUUCAACAGCAGGUUGAUCAGUCUUUAUAUGGGGUUCCUGUUUCUAGCUCAAGAGGGCCUCUAAACCAGUAUCCUCAUAUUGCAACAGAUAAAGCUUCAGUUCAGCAAUUGCCAAGCUAUAACAAUUCAUUUCCUGGAAACCAUUAUGCUGUAAUUCCAGAACAGCUUACAGUGCAGGAUGGAGCUUCAGUGAAUAGGCAAGGCCUCCCAGGUAAAAGUUUAUUUGGGAACACAUCUGGUCAAGGGCCAAGCAGCGGGACGAGGGUGGAGCACAUUCAGCAACUAAAAGCACCACAAAGUACAUCUGUCCAGGAAUCCCAUGUUGCACAUGAUCUAAUCGGCUCUACAGAGAUGGUGCAGGAUAAAUCAGCUACAGAAGUUACAUCUUCACAUGGUGCAGCUUCUUUAGAUCCUGAUGAGGAGAAAAUUUUGUUUGGUUCAGAUGAUAACAUCUGGGAUGCCUUUGGCAGUAGCAAAAACAUGGGUGGAGUCUCUAGUCUGUUGGAUGAUAACGAAUUUGGGAGUGGCUUGCCUUCUCUUCAGAGUGGUAGCUGGAGUGCUCUUAUGCAGUCUGCAGUAGCAGAAACUUCUACUGACGGUGCAGGCUUACAGGAAGAAUGGCCUGAUUUGAAUUUUCAGAGUCCUGAACUUCCAUCGGGCGAACAACCUUCAACAUAUGAAGAAAGCGGGAAACAUCAAAAAGCUUUGAGUGGUAUUAACUUGCCUAAUGCCUCAGCAUUAACUUUUGGAUCUGUUGCCCUUGCUGAUGGUGCCAAUAUGAAUGAUAAGCAACGUAGCAACUUGGGGUUCCCGCAUCAUGGUAAGAACAAUUCAUAUGAGGAUGAUGAGAGACCAAACAUUAAUUAUUCUAAACUAAUGAACCAACAUUCUUCAGGAGGAAGCAAUUGGUUAAAUCGUGGAGCUCUAGAAAAGGUAGGUGUUGAAGAUAGCCAGCUAUAUGAAAAUUCUGCCAACACUGGAUUCAAUAUCAAUGAGAAAGACAAUUCAUUGCAGCAAUCUCAGAAUAAUGAUUGGAAGAGAGUAAUGCAUGAUGAAACGGGUCAAGGCGGCAGGAUAUCUAGUGUUAAUCCUAUGCUUCAUCCCAGUGUUGAAAGAGAGCCUGUAAACAGAGAAGGCCUUGCUGCAAGUAACACUGCUGUUAUACCAAAUUUAAGCAACUUGCAGGGUGGUAGUCAUUCUAAUCAGUUCUCUCCAAACAACCAUCAUCUUAAUUACUGGAAACAUGUUGAUUCAUCGGUGAAAUCUAAAGGGAGUGAGAACUCAGAGAAAUCACAGCGUCGCUUGAACAAGGGUCCUCAGGUCUCUGAAUCAUCAUUUAAUAGCUCCGAUAAGGAGGAUCUAAAGACGCACGAGAUGGAAAGCAGCAGUAGAAGGGAGAACUCUAAUGACAGCUACAGAUCUGGUUCAUCUCACCUUCCUAAUACUGUUGGUCCAAGGGAAAGAUUUUCAUCAGAUGCUGGUGACUCGAGAUCCUUGCCUGGAAUGCAACAAAGUUUAUCUAAUCAGGCUGGCCGGAUGACAUCUGGUCCAAGGAAGUUUCAGUAUCAUCCAAUGGGGAACUUGGAUGAAGAUGCUGGAAUGCCCUAUGGAGCAAGACAAAGUAUGAAUACAAGGGCCAUGCCCCUGCAACAUUCUCGAGGAUUAGGAGGUCAAGAUCAAGGAAAUUAUGUACACACCAAAACUAGUGGCCAGGGGUAUGUACCUGAGCUUGAAGGAGUUCCGAAAGGAUCCGAUGAUAUGCGAUUCAAGGGCAUGAUUCCUGGUCAUGUGUCUAAUAUCUUUGCGCCCCAUGACAGAUCUGUAGGUUUGUCCACAUCAGACAAGGCUUCUCAACCAAGUCAAAAUAUGCUGGAGCUUCUUCACAAGGUGGAUCAAUCAGGAGAGCGUGGAAUUGCAAGGCAUUUGAACUCGUUAGAACGUAACUUGUCAUCUGAGAUUCCUGAACCAGAAAAUUCAGAUGGAUCUUUUGGUGGCCACCAGAGAAGUCAGUCAUCCAACUCCCAGGGGAUUGGUUUACAAUUGGGACCUCCUUCACAGCGGUUACCCUUGCCUAAUCAUGCUUCACCAAGGGCUAUACAGACCAUCAAACCUAAUUCUUUGAGUCAGGCUCAGGCCUCUGCUAAUCCAAGAGGCAAGGGUCUUGCCGAGAUGUCUCCUUUUCCUCCUUUCCAGGACACAUCACAUGGAGAAUUUAAGAAUGAUAGAGUGAAAGCGCAAAGUGCAAGUGAAACAUCAGGGCAUAAGAUGAUGAAUAACUUCUCUGCAGCUCUAGGUACUGACUUUCCUAAUUCAAGAAGUCAGCCACAAAACCAUCAAAUGAUUGGUGCAAGGGGGCAAGCAUUGACAAAUCGUUCUGGCAAUGAAUCUUUGAAUGGACAUUCUCCUCAAAUCAGGCAAGCAGAUGAAACUCGUGGCAGAUCACUUAGCUCUGGUCUAUAUGAUAAUGCUGUAGCAAGUGAAAGAGUGCAAGCCUCACAACCUUCCACAGGGGAGAAGUUGCCUGCCUCUCAGCCCCACACAAAUUCUGGUAUUUCUCAACCAGGUGCAUUCCCAAAAAUGUUGCCAAAUGCAUGGGGAAAUCUUCCAACUCAACAACUUCUUUCAGCAAGUCAACCUCGUAAAGGACCAUCAAAUCUUUCCCCAUCACACCAGUUAAAUAUUGUGGAAUCUACUUCCUUGGGUCAGCAGAAUUUAGAGCAACAAGAAGCAGAAAAAAGAGGGAAUAGCUUGUCUAAGUAUGGUGCAAGUUCUUUGAAUUCACAGGGGUUUACUUCUGUAGGAGAGCAGCAGUCAGCAAAAGAAUCCCCAUCAUUAAAUCUGUCAUCUGAAAAGGUUGACCGAGCUCAAAUGAUGAAUGGGCCAGCAGGCAAUGAUUCCAUCAAUAUGCCUUUCUCUGAUGCAUCGUCUCUUAACCCUGCUGCAUCUCAGAGGGAUCUUGAAGCGUUUGGUCGUUCUCUCAAACCAAAUAAUUUGCAUCAAAAUUCUUCUAUACUAAACCAAAUGAAAGCUAUGAGAAAUACAGAAAUUGAUCCCAAUAAUAGGGCCUUGAAGAGAUUGAAAGAUUCAGAUAACAACUUGGGUGGUCAGCAAGUAGCUCCAUGGUCAGGGAAGCCAAGAGAACUCAAGAAUAUGGUAGGAGAUUCAUCAAUUUGCCAUACAACAGCCUCGCCUGGGGAUUCUGAAAUGCCAAGAUUCACAGGGCCAACUGAUAAUGUCAUGCAGAAUGUGGCUUCUCUACCUGCCAAUCUACUUUCAAAAGAUGUACUUGCAUCUGAUCAAAGUGGGUCUCAAAGUUGCAUUCCUAGCAACAACAUGAAUUCUGGUGAAAUUGAGCACUCUCACAUAAGUCCCCAGAUGGCCCCUUCCUGGUUUGAUCAAUAUGGAACGUUUAAAAGUGGUCAGAUGUUAUCACAAAGAGCUGAUGCUGUAAGGACCUUGGAACAGCCAUUGGGUAUUGGGAAAGUUUAUGGUAGUUUUGAGACACAUAAUGUAAAGGAGGAAGCAAGUGCUGCAGCUGAUACCAGUCAGGCUGGUGUUAUCUUGAAGAACCCACUUCCAUCAUCUAUGGCAGUUGAGCAAUUCUCCUCCCCUCCAUCGCAGACAAACACCAGUGUUCAAAAUUUGGUUACCGUGAGGUCAAAGAAGCGUAAGUGCUCUCCAGCUGAACUUCAUCCUUGGCUCAAGGAAGUAUCAGGGGGUUUCAAAGAACUUCAAAGCAUCUGCACGGCUUCAAUGGAAUGGUCUGGAGCAACCAAUCGUUUGAUGGAAAAGGUUGAAGAUGACGGUGAAGUGAUUGAAGAUGCACACCCCAUGCCAAGACCAAAGAGACGGAUUAUCUUGACGACACAGCUAAUGCAGCAACUAUUUCCCGCUCCCCCGGCCACUGUUCUGUCAACAGAUUCUACCUCAAGCUACGGGAGUGUGGCAUUUCAUGCUGCUCGGCUUGCAUUAGGAGAUGCAUGCAAUCUAGUAUCUUCUGUGAGAAGUCAUUCCAGUAUUUCUCAUAGUGGAUCAAAUUCCCUUUCUGAUAAAAGCAGAGAAUCAGAAAAAAAUGAUGAUCGGCUUUUAGAAGUUGUGGAAGACCACAUGAGUAAAGUAAGAAGGCUAGAAAAUGAUUUUUCAAGGCUUGAUAAGAGUGCAUCAAUCUUGGAUUUGAGAGUAGAAUUUCAAGAUUUGGAGAAGUUCUCCAUCAUCAACCGUUUUGCCAGAUUCCAUGGAAGGGCGGUGCAAACAGAUGGGGGCAGUGCCGAAGCUUCAUCAUCCAAUGCAGCUGCUGCAAAUACUCCAAAAAUUUAUCCUCAGAGAUAUGUUAUUGCAGUGCCAUUGCCCAAGAAUCUUCCUGAGAGGGUACAAUGCCUAUCACUAUGAUCUCUCAUUAUGCAUGAUGAUAUUCCUUCUGCCUCCCUGAUCAAUUUUCUUACCAUGGGACCCACCAGUUACGGAAAAUGCAGGAGAAAGUUAUUAAUGAUUAAAACAAAAAAUGUUGAUCUUUUGCCUUUAGGUUGCAUAUUCUUGAGAAAUACAAGUUGAACUUCCCCUGGGAAUUUCAUUUGGGGGGUAAAUGUGGAACUGAAAAGUUUCUAGCCAAUUAGUUAGCAAGAUUCCAUUUAUAAGUAGAUAAAAUGUUCUAAAUCUUUUGGUUUUUAAUGGAUCAAAUAUGUAUUGGUGGGAUGUUAUCUGGCUGCAAUAUAUAUGUAGUUCCCAAAUGUUUUCAC